UGUCGGAAAGUGGGUCAAGAUUUAGGACCAAGCCUUGGCUACCGUAGAUCCGGUUGGAUAUCAAGUUACAUGUAACUGUAGAGAUGUCGAUCUCCCAUAACUCACGUGCUUUAAAUCUAUGAAUGAAACCUACACAGUACGGUACCAAAAAACAUAUUUAUUCUCCGCGUUGUUCCGCUUAUUUUCUGUACUGUGUCCUAUUACAUAACAGUUAGGCCUACUCCCCGUUUCGCACUUUUCGUGUAUGACCCAAUAGGCCUGCUAUCUGGCGUAUUCGGACUUUGUUCAAUGUAACCUCUCUUCAUUUUAACCCCUGUCAGGACACAUACAUGAUUGGCUAGCAUUGUCAUCAUCUGCUGUGGCUGUCAUUAAGUCUUUUUCAGAACCAUGUCCUCGGCAAAGGAAAAGGUUUUGAUGGGCCUGGGGGGUGCCGCUGGUGCGGGCAUCCUUGCUUGGCGGACAAUGUUCCCAUGGAUUGGAUACGACUUGGAAAUGAUGAAAGCUGGGAAGAGAGCUUCAGAUGAAAUGGCUGUAGACUUUAAGAAUAGAAGAUUUGCUAUUGAUAUGUUUGAGGAACAAGCUUCAAAGUAUCCAGAAGACACGAUGUUGAUAUUUGAGAAUCGUAUCUACACAUACAAAUUCAUGAAUAGUCAAGCAUGUAAGGUGGCUAACAUUGCAAUGGCAUGGGGACUGCCACAGGGAUCCACAGUUGCCAUUUUUUUUGAAAAUGAACCUGCAUUCAUAUGGACGUUUCUUGGUUUACUGAAACUGGGCCUUGGUGUGGCAUUCAUUAAUACCAACACACGAUCCAAACCACUCUUACAUUCUAUCCGAGUCAGUGAUGCCAAGACACUCAUUGUAGGAUCAGGUGAUGAACUACACAGGGCAAUACACGAAAUCAUGCAUGACCUUGACAUUCCAGCUUAUCUGUCGGGUUUAGCUUCUGAAGACACUGGCAGUAAAUACCAUUCCUGGGAUUAUUUGAUGUUAAGGAGUCCUGAGAAUGAUAUUUGCAGCAGCAUCAGAAACACUCUCACACUUCUAUCUCCGUGUAUCUAUAUAUACACCUCCGGUACUACUGGCUUACCGAAGCCAGCCAUUGUCAACAUUGCCAAGGGUAUUGGGUUCACCAAGUUCUGCCUGUUUUCGGGUAUGAAGAAAGGUGACAUCAUUUAUACGACCACACCUCUCUACCACAGCGCUGCAGUUCUUGCUCUCUUCUGCGUAAUGAAUACAGGUGCUACAAUGUUGCUGCGUCGGAGGUUUUCUGCCACCCACUACUGGUCAGACUGCAGGGAACAUGGAGUGACCAUUGCCCAGUACAUUGGAGAACUUUGUAGAUAUCUGCUUGCACUACCUAAGGAUCCACUGGACGGUGUGCACGACAUUAGAAAUAUGAUUGGCAAUGGAUUGAGAAAGGAUAUCUGGAUAGACUUUCAGAAACGUUUCAAGGUGCCAAAAAUUAUUGAAUUCUUUGGAGCUACAGAAGGAACUAGUGCCAUGGUUAAUGUCAAUGGCAGGGUCGGAGCUUGCGGAAGAAUCUCUCCUUUACUGAACAAAUUGUCACCUUCCAAAGUGUUGAUUGUCAGGUACAAUCCUGAAACAGAACAGCCUUAUAGAAACAAAGAAGGCUUUUGUGAGGAAUGCAAAAUUGGUGAAGCUGGGAUCCUAAUAUCCAGCAUUCCUGUGAUUUACGCGCAAGGUUUCUACAAGGGGGGCAAAGAAGUGAACGAAAAGAAAACUCUUCGCAAUGUACUUCAGAAAGGAGAUGCCUACUUCAACUAUGGAGAUUUACUCUACAAGGACAGUGACCAUUUUGUUUACUUCCAAGACCGGGUAGGGGACACAUUCAGAUGGAAAGGAGAGAACGUUUCUACCAAUGAAGUUGCCAACAUGUUGACGGGACUUGACUUUAUACAGGAUGCUAAUGUGUAUGGAGUACACAUUCCAGGUAAAGAUGGUAGGGCAGGUAUGGCAGGAAUUUUAUUGAAAGAUGGCGUACAAUUCAGUGAGGAAAUGCUCCAAAAGAUCUACCAGCACUGUAAACAAAACCUGCCCAGCUACGCUCGACCACUCUUUCUUCGCUUCGUCAAGGAAAUGUCCUUGACAGUUACCUACAAACAGCGUAAGGUGGAGGCAGUCAAGGAAGGGUUUGACCCUGCCAAGGUGACUGACCCCUUGUACAGCUUAAGUGUCAAAGAGAAUACAUAUGUGCCUCUGACUUUGGAAACAUUACCUCAGGUUCUACAGUCAAAGUUAUGAAUAGAUUUGGAGUUCUAGUCGUUCCUCUAGUGGUCAUGAAAAGGAACUAUAUCUGUCUUGUUUGAAGAUGACUCAGGAGUCUAGGAUAAUUAGAAUAUAAUUGAAAAAAAUGUAAUCAACACCAUAACAGUAUUUAGCUAACAUUUAAAGGCCUAACUGCCAUCUUCAUCUAUGACGUCAUACAUAGCAUAGAAGGGGAGAUAAUGCUGUUAUUGCUAAAGUACAUUUAACAGAAGGCGGAUAAUAAUGUUAUAAAUAUAUGAAUGCUUAACCAUGUAAGUACUACAACCAUAUUGUGGAGAGGAAAAUGCCCUAUUUUUACAUUUUACAUGAGCUGUAUUUGGGACUUUUAUGAAACUACAUUAACAGUGUAAUUUGUAAAAUGUCUCUUUAAACGCUGAAAUUAAAGGUCAGAAAUUGCAGAGAAAUCCAGUAAAAUAUCUACUCAAUGUAAGGAUCCCAUGUUUGUCAAACUGGAACCAUUCCUAGAAGUGAUUUAAUUCAAAUAAUAUUAUAUAAAAGGCUGCAUUUUCUCCAGCAGUCACCAUGCAUAGAAUUUCUUUAUACCUGGAUUUCACCCAUUGGAUAUAUCGGUGUAUUAUACUGGAAUAGCCCCAAGCAAAAUAUUCAUUCAUAGUAUUUUAUUUUUUAUUAUGUCUCAAUAAGCAAUACCAAAUGAUUUGAAGAUUAAUUUUUUUUGUUAUAGAGCUGUAAGCUUAGAUACAUGAUUGCAUGUGUUGUUUGAAUUCCUACCACUAGGCUCAAGGGAAAUUCCUGCUAGUCAGAGCUAGUUAAGCGAUUUUUACAAUUAUAAUCAUUCAUUACAAACCCCAUGAUCUAGUGGAAGGAAGAGUAUCAGUUGAACUCUACUCAAAUUGACAUUAGUUGAAAUUUUAGGAUUUUACUAAGUAUAUAAAUUGUAGUUUGAUACAUGUAUAGUCUACUGAUAGAAUGCUAGAUGAUUAGGUUCAACAUAGAGAGACUUUUAGCAGUGUGUUAUAGUAAAUGAAAAUAGAUGAUCUUGCAUAUUCAGCCUGGAGUUUGUUUUGGUUGGAGCUAAUAUAAAAUUAUAUAAAAUGUAUUAUGGUAGCACACCACAGAAAGACUGGGUGGCCAUGGGUGAUUUUUUGGUUAAGCAAAUAAUUCCUGUAUUAUGAUAUGCAUAAAAAAUGAAAAAAUAAAUGUACACAUUAAAUUUCAUUAAUUGGUAUAUUCAUUAUGAAGUAGUAACUAAAAUAAAUAAAUUGGUUCCGGAUUUUAAAUUUCCGGAUUUUUCAAAAGUGUGUUUACGCAGGAAAUUUAGUUUUGCCUACAGCGAAAAAUGGAGGCUCAUAAUCAAACUUAAUGUACAACAUAUGUCAAAACAAGAUUAAUUCUGUCUUUGGCAUAGAGAUUUUUAAUUUCAAAUAGGUUUCAGAAAGAAAAUUGUGUAGAGAAUUGUGUCAUUUUGGGUCAGAUAUAAUAUUUUGCAAUUUUUAAGUUAUUUUUAAGUUGUUAACAUUGUAUUCACAGGUCUGAAAGACAUAGAAGAAAUAAAUUUACUUAUCCUUCAGAGCUGUAUUAAAAUUGCAAAUGUUGUACAGAUUACAAAUAUAUAUACUUUAAUGGAGGUAAUAUGUAGGGUUAACUGGCAAUGUUUACAUGUCUAAAACAGGUGCCAUAUUUUUCAGAAUUGGGCAUUUUUACUGUACAUUGCUACCUAUAUGUGCAAUACAUGUACACUGAUGAGUAUCUCUGGUUGUGAGAAUUAUUUACAUUCCAUACCUGAAAAACAUUCUAGGACAUUUGCAGAUUUUGUUGUUGUUGAUGAUUUAACAGAAAUUGGUGCUAAACAGUCCUUACAAUUUAGAGCAAAUUGUAAAAUGUUUCAAAAUAUUUUGAAAAAAAAAAAGUAUUUUGUUAAAUGUUUCAAAAUAUUUUGCAUCUUAACCCUUUAAUACUAAUAUUGUUUUUUUUAACUUGGUAUUUAAUCAGAUAAGCUUUCUGUGAUUACAGAUUUAGUCUAAGGCCUUUGCUAAUACAGAACUUCUGGACACUUUUGUGUAUGGAUUAAAAAAUAUCUCUGUAGUACAGUGUGUGAAUAGACUUUGGUUGUCACAACUAGUAUUGAAUUUAAGCGUGAAGUUUUGGUGACUACACUUUGUCACUUUCAUCAGACAAAUGAUUAAUGAAGUGUAUGUGCACUGCCGUGUUAAGUGUAUGUACACUGAGGUGUUAAGUGUACGUACACUGAUGUGUGAAGUGUACGUACACUGAGGUGUUAAGUGUAUGUACACUGAGGUGUGAAGUGUACGUACGCUGAUGUGUGAAGUGUACGUACACUGAGGUGUUAAGUGUACGUACACUGAGGUGUGAAGUGUCCGUACACUGAGGUGUGAAGUGUACGUACACUGAGGUGUGAAGUGUACGUGCACUGAGGUGUGAAGUGUACGUGCACUGAGGUGUGAAGUGUACGUGCACUGAGGUGUGAAGUGUACGUGCACUGAGGUGUGAAGUGUACGUACACUGAGGUGUGAAGUGUUCGUACACUGAGGUGUUAAGUGUAGGAGAUUGUAAUCAAAUUGACAGUUUUUUUUGGUCUAGGCUAUAAUCUAUACACGGAAGUGGUAGACAGUGAACAGGUUGACUUAUUUACAUGUAGUUUUUUGAUGAGAGGAUUUUUGUCUAUUUCAUAUAUGUGAAGACUGUUUUUUAUAUAUUAACAGACCCUAUAAUCAGACUAUAACUUUCCAAGGGGAGACUACUUGCUACUUCCUAUUGCCAUUAUAUGGAUAUAAAAGAGCUUAGUAUAUCUAUAGCAAUUAUGAGACAAGUCAAUCAGAUUAAAAUACCAAUCACUGCUAUUCUUGUAGUGAUUUGGUGAAUAUCAUGGCAAGUCAUUGUAUUGAUCUAGGCAGCAAUACUCUUAUGAAUGAGUGCCUUUAGUGGUAGACUGCUGCCUACCAUAUCAAUGUACAUUUGUAUUUGACCUUUGACCUUUUACUCAGUGUCAGAUAUGGGCUUGUAAAAACAAUGAAUGAGAGCAAAUGAAGCUAUACAGGCCACUGUCACCUUAUUAAAUUCUGGUUAAGUCAUUAUAGUCAAAACGUUCUGUGUUAUUAUGCUUGUUCCGUCACAAAUUGAUUAAUUUGAUAAUUAUUUUAUUGUUAAUUUUCUUUUUAAAGUUUGAUAUAGAAAUUUAUACUCUACAGAUGUUUAGAAAAAAUGGAAAUGAAAUAAAAUUGUUCAUCCAAGCAUU